AUGCCCCCUCAAGUUUCUUCGGAUAAUGCCCCCCAAUCGCAAUCACAAUCACAACAAUCCCAAUCGCAAACGCAAUUACGGCCCAAUCUGGCGGCCCGUCACCGAUCUACAUCUUCGAUCACUAGCCACCAAACUGAUAGUCCAGCGGGUACGCCUCCAACUUCAGGUACGACUGCUACACAACAUAAAGAACACAAAGUGAAGGGCGAACGAAAACACCUAGUUGGCAAAUACGGGCGUGUGAGCAGUAAUAAGGCGCUGCAUAAAUUGUCACGCCAAACGAGUACUCACAAUAACAAUCAUCAUAAUCAUACUACAAGUAACGACAAUCUCAAGCAAUUUGAAGCUCCUUGGGAUAGACCACAUAAUUCCAGCACGAAUCUCAAUCGUCAAAAGAACCAUUCGCAGACGGCUUUGAAACGUAAUCGCAGCUCGGCAGAUGUACAGCACACUCCGGGAUCGACGAGAAGACCCAAGAGUUCCGAUGGUAAAAAGAGACCAAAUAGUGUACAUUUCGAGUUGGGUAUAGGCACGCCGGGAAAGGUAGAGGUCGAAGAGGAUAACGAAGAGGGCUGGGAAGAAGCAAGCUCGAAUGCAAGUCCAGCUUUAAGUCGCAGUGCAAACACAUCUGGCAAACCAUCCGCUGUAAAUUCUGCCGUCAGUUCGCGACAUCAUUCACCUCUUUCAUCACCAAAAUCGAAAAAAACAUUUGCAAGGGAAUCCGUAAGAGAUUUUGCAAAGGAAAGUUCGGCUGAUAAUUUUGAUGGGAAUGGUAAUGUGAAGAAAAGUACCACGAAGGAUAGGGAUAGUGAUUCUAGCGCAGACGCAAAAGUUAUCACGGAGAAAUUACUACAACGAACACCGUCACAUAUGGCCUCCGAAACAAGAAUGAGUAUGGCGACUGCUAAACCGACACCGAAGGUGGCUCAUACACCGUCUAGUAGCAUGGACCGAGCUUCGACCAUGGUGAAGAGUAUGGGUGCGAGUACUGCUUCCGGAAAUCAGGAAUUAAUAUCGAGAUUUGUAGGGGAUGCUGGGACGCCUGGUGAAAAUAGCCCCAAGUUUCCUCCGCCGGAUCAUGGUAGAGAGUCUAGGACGAGUGCUGCGAAUAGGGGUGGGGCGGAAAAGAAUGCAAAUGGCGGUAAUGGAGAAAUGGCAAGAGCGAAAUCGAUGGGAAGUUUAACGAGGCAUGAUGUUGAUGAUGAAGAGGAAUCAGCUCUAUUACCUAGAAGUCGGAAGGGUUCUACGAGUGGAAAUAGCGGGCCGCCUAAUGCGUAUAAUUCGCGUACUCAGCAGAAACUAUGGCUACAACGAGCAUCGUCAAAUAUUGAACCGCAGAGAGAGGGAUUGGGUGCAUUGUCGUUAUUGAAUGGAGGUAUAGGAAUGGGUAAUCAUGGCGGAGGAAGCAGUGUGGGAUAUGGUCCUGGGAUGGGGAUGGGGAUCGGUGGCGGUAUGGGUGGUUAUCCAAUGGGGGGAGAUGGGAAAGGAGACCCAAGAAUUAAAUUACAGCUUGAGAGGACGGGUUUAGAAUACUUGGUUGUAAGACGUCAUCAGGAUCCCGUUGGACGCGGUGUUAAGAGAUUGGAAAAAAUGGGAGUGCUUGGGCAUGGGGGUAAGAAUAUUCAUGGAAAUGGAUAUGCACAUAGUAAGGGUUCGAGUGCGAAUGUGAGUCGGGCUGGUAGUCUGAGGGAAAGAAAUGGAAAUGCAAGAAAAGGAGCAGGACAAAGUUUUGAAGGGGAGGAUAGAGAGAGAGGUAGUGACACUGAUAGGGAUGGAGGUGGUAGUGGAUUAGACGAGGAAAAUGUCGCGACUCUUUUGAGGAGUUUGUGGGAAAAAAGUUUUGAAGGAAGUGGAAGUGCUGAUUAG